AUGAGCAACUCAGAGAUCGAAGGGGCAAACGAUGAGGAUGAGGAAAAUGCCGAGCCCGUGGAGACGACCUCAUUACUUUCUCACGCCAGUCCCCAGAAACCGUAUUCCGUGUUUUCAAACACACAGAAGCGGUUGAUCAUUCUAGUAGCUGCUAUAGCGUCAACUUUCUCGCCUCUAUCCGCCAACAUUUAUUUCCCAGCGCUGAGCUCUAUAGCAAAAGACUUGGGCGUUAGUCCGUCGCAAAUCAAUCUGACUAUCACUACGUAUAUGAUAUGUCAAGGUCUCGCGCCUACAUUUACAGGCUCCUUGGCUGAUCAAGCAGGCCGCCGGCCGGCGUAUAUCAUAUGCUUUGUGGUGUAUAUCGUGGGCAACAUUGCUCUUGCCCUGCAGCACUCGUUCCCUACUCUCCUCGUGCUUCGUGCUAUUCAAAGCUGCGGAAGUAGUGGCACCGUCGCCCUUGCAUCCGCCGUGGCCGCCGAUAUCAUCACAUCAGCCGAACGCGGGACGUACAUGGGGUUGACAUCUCUAGGAAAUAUUCUCGCCCCCUCACUGGGUCCCAUCGCUGGGGGCUUAUUGACUCAAUACUUGGGCUGGCAAGCCAUAUUUUGGUUCUUGGCUAUAAUAGGGACUGUAUUCUUUGUGGUUUUUGUACUAUUUUUCCCCGAGACAUGUCGCGUGAUCGUCGGGGACGGUUCAAUUCCCCCCUCUGGCUGGAACCGAUCACUUUGGGAUUGUGUCAAGGCAAGGCGAUCGUCAACAUCGACAACUUUCGUGACCCAGUCCUCGGCUUACCGGAACAAACACCUUUCAAUGCCAAAUCCCUGGCCAUCGCUGAGAUUACUCUUCCGACGUCCCGUCGGGCUAGUGCUUCUUGCGAAUGGUAUCACUUUCGGCAGCUAUUAUUCCGUCACGGCUGGGAUACCUGCUCAAUUCGCAAAGUUGUAUGACUUGAACGAUUUCCAAGUGGGGCUUUGCUAUAUUCCUGCCGGACUAGGUUCCUUGCUCAGUGCAACAGCCAACGGGGUUUUAGUUGACUGGAAUUAUCGCAGAAUCGGUAUCAAGGAGGGAAUCUCACUAGAGAAAGACCACAAACAUCACUUACUUUCAUUUCCCAUAGAGAAGGCAAGACUGCAAAUUGGAAUACCUAUGAUUGUGCUUGCUGGCGCAGCCAUUGCAGUAUAUGGAUCAUUUCUUGCUUAUGGAUUCCCCUUUUGGGCAGUUCUUCUCAUGGUAUUCAUCUCGUGCUUCUGUAUUACUGCGGCUUAUAAUAUCAUGAAUGUGCUGAUCGUCGACUUGUACUACACGACCCCGGCUACUGCAAUGGCAGCUAACAAUCUGGUUCGAUGCUUUUUGGGAGCUGGAACCACCGCUGCGGUCAAUCCAUUGAUCAAUGCUAUCGGUACACAGUGGACCCUUUCUCUGGCCUUGACUACAUUUUCUCCACCACUUCUUCCUCUUACUGGAAAGCAAUUGCAAAUUAGAUACCCCAGUCAAGACUGGAUUAAACCUGGAUCAGCCAUCGACAUCCAAGGUAAUUACCCAGAGUAA